CAACCAUUAGCUCGAUUUUACUUGUGGCGCAAUGCAUAUCAUAAUAAAAAGCUGGACAAAGGGAAAACAAGAUAAUCUAGAUAUGCACAUUAUCUAACCAUGUGAAUAAUUUGUAGCUACAAUUAUUUGUAGCUUUAUUAUUCGAGAAAUAAAAAUGUGACUCGAAUGAAACUUUUGUUAUACAAAUUUGUGUUCAAUGAUAGAAUGUGUUCUAUCGAAUUCAUAAUGAAUAAAGAAAGGAAUGAAUAAUAAGCACAGUAGCAGUGCGCGAUUCUCUCAGUCUAGCAUAUGCACCUUGUCAAUACAGUCAGUAAUAUCAUGGGAGCCAAAAUGCACAAAUCUAACUUUAUUAUGAUUCUACUGAUUUUGUUACCAUUUACUUUUGGCCACUUUGGCUAUAGAAAACGAGAUCAACACAUGUGGGCAAAACAAUUCAAGUUAUGCGCUGGAAAAUUGCAGUCUCCGAUAGCAUUAUCAUCUUCUAAUUCUAUCCCGCUGGCUUUACCUGCUUUGGAAAUGAUUGGAUAUCACGAUUUGCUUCCACUUCCUGUUACAGUAGAAAAUAAUGGCCACUCUGUUACUUUAAAUAUUAACCGUAAUAUAUCAAGAAAUCAGUCAGAAAUACCUUAUAUAUUUGGAGCUACACUAAAGAAAGGCCAAAUGUAUGAAAUGGAAAGCUUACACUUUCAUUGGGGUGCGAAAAAUAAUAGAGGGUCUGAGCAUACAUUCAAUAAUGUUAGAUUCCCAAUGGAAAUGCAUAUAAUUCACAAAAAUGCAGCUUAUUCUAAUUUUUCUCAUGCCCUGAAUUAUCAGGAUGGUCUUAGCGUAUUAGGAAUAUUUUUUCAAUUACAGGAACAAGACAACGAAAAUCUCAAACCCAUAUUGAAUAUUUUAAGCGAUGUAAAGUGGGUGAACAAAAAAAAACAUAUGAACAGCUCAAUUACUCUGUCUUCUUUAAUGCCAACAAAUACAGAUACUUUUUACACGUAUAAGGGUUCGUUGACGGUACCACCAUGUAGCGAAACAGUAACUUGGAUUAUUUUUUCAACGCCAGUAAAAAUUUCAUUUCAGCAGAUGAAUAGAUUUAGGAUAUUAUCAAAUGGAGAAGACAUGCUUGCAGAUAAUUAUAGACAAUUACAAAAUAUUGAAAUGAGAAAAGUAUUUGUUAGACGGCUUUCUGUAUUGAAGUACAAUAUGUCCAACAUUGACUUUACGGAUUCUAAAUUCUGGUUUUGGCAUUGAGCAAUAUUAUUAUUAUUAUUAUUAUUAUUGCAAGUGUAAUUAGCAAUGAGAACAAGUUAUUAGCACAUAUAAAAUGUUAGCAAAACUUGUCGGGCGUUAAUUGGCAUAAUUUUUCCAGUUGAUUUAAAAUUUCUAUUAAAUAUUUUUCAACUUCUUGUAAACUUUUCAUUACCAUAGCAUUUUCUGAAUAUAUGUCUUUGACCUUUCUGACAACUCCUUGUAAUGUUAAUUUAGCACUGCCUAGCAAUGCUUUUUUCGACUUUACGUGAUCUUCACAAUAAGACGAACAACGUAAAUACGUCUGAGAUAAUUUACAGCACAAUUGUAAAACAGAUAGAGUUGUAUCUUCCUUUCGGUACCAUUUGGAGUCUGAAACAGCAGCACGAUAUGCUUUCUGCAAAUAUUGUAUAGCCUUCUGAUCAUCAACGUCCGUUUUCUUAAGCAGCGUUAGUUCAGAAUAUAAUCUCCAAAGAUCUGAAUUAUUAAAUGUAUUUUUAGAUGUAAUUCUUCCGAAUAAUUGAAGUGUCGGUACAAGUAACGAAUUUCUACAUAAUUUGCCGUCGGCAUCUUUAAUGUUCUUUUCAAUAGCAUUCGUUAAUAUUUCUAAAAUCUGAAUAUCUAAAUGCUCGUUUUUUAAGUCUAAAAUGCGAUUAUAGCAUCUUACUACCUGCAAUGAGCGAAUUAUUAAUAUUUAACUAUAUAUUUUAUACUACAAAAUUAGAUGAAUACAAAUAAUAAUACUUCUAAAAACU